CGGUCCGUCUGCAGAGCCGCUGCACAGGAGAAGCGCUCUAGAUUCAAAAUGGCAUUCACCGCAACGAGGACGCUCUUCGCCUUAUUCGUCACCUUUUGUGCACCGGGACGCGGACUAACAGCAGAGAAGCCCCUGCGGCAGCACAGUACGAAGCAGACAUCCGUGGACAAGAGCCCGAGGGCGGGCUGGGAGCCCACCAUCCAACUGGAUGGGAGGCCAGUAGAGCACCACAGCAUCGGCUCCAGCAAACACAUGAGGUCUCAUCGCUUCGUUAAAAUGGGCAAGGACAACCGUUCUCAGCUACUGGAGGAUGUAGAUCCUGAAUGGGUUAACCUGGAUGGCUUUGCUGUGGUGGGUGAAGCACCUGUUCACAACACAUCAACAGGUCCAGCUCUGUCGCUGUCCACAGCUGCCAGACCUGAGCCGCCUGUCCAGGCUGCCAGCAGGGUGUACAGAACAGCUCACCCGUCAGGUGGCUCUGCUGCCAGAAUACGCAGGAGGCCCCCUCAGUCCUCCUCCAGCUCGGGACAACCAGAGAGGGCCUCAGCAGGAACCCGCCUGCCGGACCGGAGACGCCAGCACCACACUAAACCCCAGUCUGACCAGAGGAACCGCAACUCCGCCAAACUAGCAUCUGAGUCGGUUCAUGUGGUGUCACUGCAGGCACAGAAGACACUGGGUCGGAGCGCAGCCGGCACCAGAACCAUCACCACCAAAAAAACCACACCAGAGCCAGAGGAGUAUGAAGCCAAGGACAUCAGCGUGAGGGUCAUGUCCGCUCAGUCAGUCCUCAUUUCCUGGGUUGACCCUGCCGUUGAGAUGGGGAAAGUUGCCCCUGGGGGAUCCAGAUACUACACAGUGAAGUACAGGGAGAAGGGUGAGUCGGCACGUUGGGAAUACAAAGACAGCACACAGAGAAGAUUGAUGAUAGACACCCUGUCUGCUGACGGCAUGUAUGAGUUCUCUGUCAGAAUCUCUGAGGGAGAAAAUCACGGCAAGUGGAGUGUGUCAGUCUUCCAGAGGACCCCUGAAUCAGCACCCUCUGGUCCACCAGAAAACUUUGAGGUAAAGCCACUCAGAGGGAAAGGGACUGCUGUCACAGCAACCUGGGAGGCACCAGAAGAACCCAAUGGAAGGAUAAGAGAGUACAUCCUGUCAUACGCACCUGCUAUGAAGCCAUUUGGAAUGAAAACUGUGACAUACCGUGGCAGUACUACCUCAGCCACCAUAGAUGGUCUGACACCUGGGGACCGCUAUAUCUUCAAGAUCAGGGCCACUAACAGGAGAGGACAAGGGCCACAGAGCAAGGCCUUCAGUGUUGCAAUGCCAGGAACCAGCAGUGCUGCUUCAUCAUCCUCAAAACAAAAACACCAGGACAGCCGCAGAACAAGUCAGCCAUCCUCUAAGCAGGAUAGUUACGAUGAUGACACUGACCAUCAACCAGCUGAGGUAACAACAGAAGAACCAACCAGACCUCCAACUACAACCCAGACUCCUCCUCGACACAGGAGACUACGCCCCCUCUCUCAGUCACGCUCCUAUCACAGUAUCUUCUCAUUGAGGGGCUCAGUCCGGAAUGGAGGGACCAGAGGCAGCUCAGCAAGAGACAGCGUGCGCGAGAGACAGGCAGAGGAAGAGGAAGAAGAGGCACAGGAGAAAGCCACCACCUUGCCACCUCCAGCAGGAGAGACCAUUGAUAAUGAGGCUGUAGAGAGGAAAGAACCAGACAACAAUGUUGUUUCCCCUGAAUCAGAGGAUAGAUUGGGUAAUGAUAAAGAGAACCAGCCCCAGACUCCUGAGACCCCCAGCCUCAAAUCUGAGGCUCCCUCCCCAACCAAACCUGUUUCCAACCCCCCCAAGAUUCCCUCUCGAAGACCCAUCAAGAUCAGGGUUCAUGAGAGACCAGGAUCCAAGACUUCUUCCUCCUCAGCAUCAUCCCCCUCUACCUCUUCAUCUUCGUCUUCUUCCACUACCUCAGCCGUCUCUUCUUCUCUGCCUAUUGCCUCUCAUACUCAGGACUCAGCAGCCAGUAUAAAAGAUGAUACGGCCUCCACUUACACACAGAGUAAAAACACCAAUGCUCAGACCGCUGUAACACAUGCCAAAUCCUCCACACCUGCCCCAAAACAGACUGUAUCGCAGCCUCAAAGAGAGACACCACCUGCUGGCAGAGAUGCUGCUGUAGCAGGGCGCACCAGCGGCUCUGGAUUUGGGUCAAGAUUGGGGUAUAAUCGGAGAAAUCCUGGCAUUCUAACAAGAGGGAAUUCCAAUCGAUUGCUGAAUGGUUACAAAACUGGGUCAGUAUCUACUGCCACCUCUCAGUCAAAUUUACCGAGCAGAACUCAGAACCAAGCAAAAUCAAACACACACAGUUCAGGAUCACAGUCCACUUUAGCAACUGGGUCUCAAAACCAAGACACAUCAAAUGCUUUUAGUUCAACAGCAGCCAGGUCCAGUGUACGAACUGGUUCAGAGAGCCAGUCAACAUCAAAUAAAGACAAUUCAGACACAUCACAAACCAUGUCACAGGCCACUUCACAGUCCAGAUCACACAACCCCGCAACUUCCCAUGUACAUGAUAAAGCCACCAACCCAUUAACUUCACUAAGUGGAUCACAGAGACCCGCUGUCACACAAGAAUACAACACAGACAUCUCUCAAUCAACUUUGCACAGAGGGUCUCAUGAUACUGCAAGUUCACACAACACUCGCAGUUCACACAGUUCAGAAACACCAACUGAGCAAGACACAACAUACAGCGAGGGAGAUGAUGACAGUGAUAACAUAAAUGCAGAAAAAGAAAAAGACAAAGAUGAAGACCCUACAGAGGCAGAUAGGCAGGGUAAUGAAGAAAGAGAGAGCAGCUAUGAAAAACCCGCUUCUUCUCCUUCAAGGGUUUACCCCUCACUUGCUGAGAGAUACCCCUCUCUUGCUAGCCGUUAUCCGGGCAGGUUUGGUUUGGGGAAACGGGUUUCAUCUUCCAGACCGGAUGGGCGGCUCCCCCUGAGCAGGACAUCCUCCUCCGUUGGGGCAGGUCGACCCAAUUUUAGGGUGAAUCCCUCUAGGGUCUCAGGGGCCACAGGAGGUACAAGUGUUUCCACCAUACAGGAGACCAGUGAAGAUCUGAGGACUCCUUCCACCCAUAACCCAUUGAAGAAUGGGAGGGGGGCAGAUUCACUCAAACCUUCUUUAACUAAUGGGAAUACAGCAUUUAGUGGAUCCAGACAUUCAACUACCUCUUCCAGUUCACCUUCUUUGAGUUCUUCAAACACCAAUUCCCACCAUUCUUCAGAUGACAAUGUUAAUGAUCCUGAUGAUGAUUUACUUUAUGUGGGGGAAAAAGACUCAAACAGGAGAAAAGAAAAGAACCCAACUCCAACAGCAGCCCCAAAAACUACUACCGUAGUGUCAGUUGAUCAUCAAAGAACAUCAGAGGUGGACAACCAAAGUGGUGAUACCCGGGAAUCCGCAACUAAAACCAAGACUGGCUCAUUUUCUGCCAUCCCUCCAUCUCAAAGGCGCUCAGUUGUAGGGGCUAAUGGGAGGGCCCGUUCUUCAUUGCUGUCUAAUAGGCAGUUAGGUGGCUCUCGGUUACCCUUCCGAGUGCAGCCAAAACAGAGUAGGUCGGGUUCUUCACCGUCAGAUUCCUCCACAUCCUCCUCUUCAGCAUCAUUUGCUUCUGCUUCUUCCUCCUCUAAAUUAGCUGAGCCAAUGUUGACCUCAGAUCGGGGAGUAAGUAGUGGCACUAGUGUUAGUAGGACGGGUAGACAAUUUGGAGGGAUCUCACAGUCAUCAUCAUCAUCUUCAUCAUCAUCUUCAGCAGCAGCAGCAUCGUCAUCUUCCUCCUCCUCAUCGUCUUCAUCCAGCGACAGCCUCAGGGGCCAAGGUACUAGAACUCGCUACCCCAACUCGAGAGGGAAACUGACCAGUGGUGGUGGAUCCAAACCUGGCUAUGGAAAUGGUAAAAAUGGCCGUCCAAACCUGACAACAACACAUGAUAAAGAUUCUUCCUCAACUGAUGACAGCAGUAAAGCCAAUGGUCGCAAGUUCAUUACUGGGCCUAAUGGAAGCAAAUGGAUAGUGGACUUGGAGAGGGGCGUUCUAAUGAAUGAGGAGGGAAAAGUUCUCCAGGACUCUCAGGGCCGACCCAGGAGAGUGGUGAUAGGAGAAGAUGGACGCACCAUCUUUGAUCACCUUGGCAGUCCUUUGGUGAACCAAGAGGGCAUGGCUCUGUUUGGCCAUGGCCGCCACACUCGACCGGUGGUCAAUCCCAAAGACAAGCUCCUCACAGUCGGAGGAAAGCCAUUGUUAGGCUUGGACCAGCCUAACCACCGGACCACCACCACCACUGCUCCCACCACAACUGAGUAUACCACUAUGGCCAGUACCACAGAAUGGGCCUCAGAGGAGAUUACCACUGCAAUCCCAUUUCCAACCUGUCCUCCCGGGACCUACACCAAGACAGAUGAACACGGAUACCCAGUACUGGAUGAGGAAGGAAUAGUGGACUGCUAUCCAGAAGAUGAGUUUUUUGUCUAUACCACGUUGCCACCACCACCACCCACCACCACCACUGCCGCCACCACCACCACCGCCGCCGCCACCACCACAACUACCACCACAGCUGCCCCCACCACAACAGAGGCCCCCAUGCCAGAGCACGACAGCAGGCCCUUCAACAACAGCCCCUCGUCAGAGUUCGACCUGAGUGGGAAGAAACGAUUCACAGCUCCCUACGUGCACUACAUCCAGAAGGACCCUGGAGCCCCUUGCUCCUUGACGGAGGCUCUGGAGUACCUUCAGGUGGAUGUCCUAGCGGACCUGAUGACAAAGGAGAACCUACCCAGCAAUCAGAAUCAGCCGCCCAAGAACAAACCCCACAACAUCACCGUGGUUGCCAUGGAGGGCUGUCACUCAUUUGUCAUCCUGGACUGGGCCCGCCCACUGAAGAACGACAUGGUGUCAGGUUACAUGGUCCACAGCGCUUCAUACGACGACGUCCUCAACAACAGGUGGUCCUCCAGAGUCUCCAGUGGGACGCACUUGGCUGUGGAGAACCUGAAGCCCAACUCCAGGUACUACUUCAAAGUCCAGGCCAAAAAUGUAUUCGGCUUGGGACCAGUGAGUGAUACGCUGACCUACAUCACUGAAUCAGAUGAUCCUCUACUCAUUGACAGACCACCUGGUGGAGAGCCAAUCUGGAUCCCUUUUACCUUCAAGUAUAACAGUGCCCACAGCUCCUGUAAGGGCAGCCAAUAUGUCAAGCGCACCUGGUACAGGAAGUUUGUUGGAGUGGUUCUGUGUAACUCCCUACGAUACAAGAUCUUUAUAGGAGACGGCCUUCGGGAACCUUUCUACAGUAUAGCAGACACAUUUGGCCAGGGUGAGGACCACUGUCAGUUUGUUGAUUCCCACCUUGAUGGAAGGACAGGCCCUGUCUACCUCUCAUAUAAUCUGCCUACGGUCCAAGGAUUCUUCCGCUCAUUUAGACAGGAGCCGGUUUCAUUUGGACCCAUCGGCAGGCGUACGCCGCAUCCUUUCGUGGGCUGGUAUGAAUGUGGCGUGCCCAUCCCGGGGAAGUGGUAACACAGGGAAUACAGAGAGACCCUGCUGCAGGCUCUCGCUCUUCACUGGUCUCACCUUGUAGAAACAAACAGACUUUUGCUGAACACAACAAAAGACACCACCAAUACAGCACCACAGAAAGAGAAUAUAGUACUUUAAAAAAAACACUAAUCUGCUCAAUGUUAUUUCAUUACACUGCACUUUUAAUAUAAAGUAGUCUGUAUAUGAGGGAAAGAGAAGCAUGUGUGCUCUUGCUUAGUUUAACUCUUGUCUUCCGGAUCGGAAAGUGUCCUUGUGUAAUUCCCAACUAUUCCAGAGACAGGUCCCCACCCGGUGUUAUUUAUCUCAUCAAAAAGCAUCUGCAAAACGGGCAUCAUUGGACCAAAGCACAAGCAGAACAACAAACUGUACUAAUGGGCACUUAAGGCUUGUACAGGGGUGUUCAUUAUGGAUGAUGAGGAUUUUGUUGUGUUUUUUUUCAUAUUGUAAUGUAAUGGCUUUUUACUACUGCUUAUGUCUAUUUGUGUUCUUGAACAUUCAUACUGUUUUUAUACACUUUGGUAUAUACCAAAUUCAAUGAAAUGUUAUUGUGUUGUAUGUAUACUGACGAUGAAUAAAAGACUAAAUAUUU